UCCGUAAGAAACAGAACUGUUUGUAUUUGGUUCCGUCCGGAAACACAUUUUACUGAAAUGUUUGCUAUCGGUGUUGGAAGGCUGAGUAACUGAACCAGGGUUGAGAGAGCUUCACUGUGUGGAAGAAUGAACCAGGCCGAGGAAUCGGAGGGUGUUGACCCGGGAGCCCUGAGAGAGCAGCUCUUUGACCUGUGGAGCAGGAAGGAGCUGGAGGCGCUGAGACUGCAGGCGGUUUCUGGAUUCUCCCAGCUGCAGGAGCCCCUGUCUGGGCUGCUCAGCAUACUGGAGGGUUGUCCGGGUAUCCAGAAGGGCAGAUCCACCACCCUGGGCCAAAUCAUCCUCACCGAGUUUGUAAUAUGGAGACGUAGUCACCCGCGGGUCAGUCUGAAGGUGCUGGAGGAGCAGAAGAAGCUGGACCUGCGACUUCAAGCUCUCAGUCUCCUCACCUCCUCACAGCCCGGAUACCUGGAGCCUCUGCUGGAGAUCUAUGAGCUGGAGAAGCUGGAACAGAGUCUUCUGCUGGAACAUGUGGUCUACCUGCAGAAAAGCUCCUGCUAUAGAGAGGCAGCAAUGCUUGCCAUAAAAGUAGGACUUCAGAAAGACCUGGACAUGCAGCAGAUGUGUGUUCCUCUGAUUCUGCUGGACAAGCUGACCCUGGCCGAGGCAUUCGUGUGUGGUGACGACAAACUGCAGGAGCGUUUGGUCAGAUUGCUGGACUCAUGGUGCAGCCCGGACUUCAGUCUAAAGGAAGUUCAGAGGCAGUAUCCUCAUCUGCUGCUGUCCAAACACCGAACAGACCAAAUUCAGCCCAAACUGCUCAUUCGGCAAGUGUUCCGGCUCAUGGAAAGAUUCAACAUUGAUCCAGGCCUGUGUGUGAACUCUGUCCACAAGAGGAAGCUCGAUUCGCUGAGGUUCCUCAUGUAUAAGAGAUUUGGGGAGAAAAGCAUGACUGAGGAGAACUGGCGGGACCACGUGCAGGUCACGGUGGAGGGCGAUGUGGAGCUUCAGGUUGUGUUGGUAGAGCAGCUGGUGAAACACUGUGGGGUGAAAGCUGCUGCCCAGUGGGCCAAACGCUUUGGUGUACCCAGAGACAGACUGCCCUUUGGUGUGUUGGACACCAUGGAGACACUCUCACUGAGUCAGCUAGAGCUGAAUGAUGUGGAUUCUCUUAUGGAGUCGUGGGUUCCUCCUUCUCAUCAGCAGCACUUUUAUCAGCUACCUCUGACCAAAGAUAAAGUUCAUUUCCUGCAGAAUUUAGAGGAACUGCAGCACUGCAGAGAGGCUGUGUUACAGACAGGGAAUGUAGUAGGGGUGGACAUGGAGUGGAGAGCCGGUUUUGGUACAGUGUGCACACAGCGACUCGCUCUUAUCCAGCUGGCAGUGAAGGGGCAAGUGUUCCUGCUGGACCUGUGUGCUCCUGGCCUCAGCCAUCACAGCCUGACUGUAAACUUCAUCCGGUCCCUGCUUACUGACGAGAGCAUCCUCAAACUGGGUUAUGGGAUGUCUGGGGAUUUGAAGAGCCUAGUGGCCACAUGGCCUGAAUUAAAGGAAGAACCUCUGGUGGUUAAAGGUGUGCUGGACCUGCUUCAUGUCCAUCAACAGCUGCAGCGGUGUUGGCGGAGGAACACUGGCUCUCGUUCUGUGGAGGUGAACGAAGGUCCAGCGGAGAAAGGGUUGAGUCUGCUGGUGCAGCAGGUGCUUGGUAAACCGCUGGACAAAACCGAACAGCUGUCCAACUGGGAACGACGCCCUCUGCGCACCAGCCAGCUUCGAUAUGCAGCUGUGGAUGCGUACUGUUUGUUGGAGGUGUAUCUGACUCUCUCUGAGGAUCUGAAGGCGUUUGGGCUUCCUGAUGAUCUGUGCUCGGUUGGGCCGAGUCCUCGUGCUAACAGUGGGCAGGAGAAGAAAGCUAAGGACAAAAAGAAACAGGCGGCGGACCGGCGGGCUCGUCAGAGUGCCAGUAGCUGCGUGGGCGACCAGGGCGAGUGUUUGCGGGGAAACGUGGAGCAGCAAGGAGCUACGAUCGUGCCUCAGGAACUGCGAGUGGUGUGUGACAACAUGCUGCAGGGCCUCGGGAGGUACCUGCGCUGCCUGGGUGUGGACGUGCUCAUGCUGGAGAAUACAGACGACCACAAAGUGGCAGCUAAGAUCGCUCAGACUGAAGGCCGUAUCAUCCUUACCUCUGGUCAGCCAUUUCAAUCUCUCAGGUCACAAGUUGCAGAGGGACGCUGUCUCACUCUGGACUGCUCUGAAAAAGCUCGGGAUCAGGCCGUCCGCGUCCUCAAACACUUCAACGUCCGUCUCACCGCUUCGGACAUCUUCAGCCGAUGCCAGGCCUGCAAUAAUGACGAGUACCUGAAGGUGAACAGAGAAGACAUGACACGGAUGAUGAACAAGCGAGGCCUGAUUCAGGACACCGUCCCAAAACAGGCUGACUGGUCCCAACCGUCCGAUGGUCAACUGGACUACAACAGGUCGAGGCCUCCUGACGGCCCUGUGUUCAGCCCUCACUGCCGCUGGGCCCCCCAUUCCUCCCUCGACCCUCACACGUUCAGGUUUAGCGGAGGUGCCGAGGUGCAGUUGGAGACUGUUCCACCCGGUCUGCUCCCUCGGAUCCCAGAGUACUUCAUCUGUACCCGCUGUGGGAAGGUGUUCUGGGAGGGAACCCACUUCGAUCGGGCGCUGUCGCAGUUCCAGGAUGUGCUGUACAUUUCGGACGAGGCCUCGGCCAGUCAGCAGUGAGAUGAGUGAUGGAGACUGCAAUGAAGCUUGAGUUACAAUCUGGAACCACACACUUAUACAAACACACACACACACACACACACACACACCACAUCCUACAGCAGUUCGAGUUUAAACUGACUGUUUGACAUUUUGGUGGCUUGUUCCCUUCCGGAUUGUGCACCAAGUCCAAGAACUUCAGGAAUCUUUAGUUUCUAGACACUUGAUCGCUUGGAGGUUCAGAUUUUGAGACCAGUAGGUUCUCAGUUUAGAUUACAGAAGUGUUGUCAGGACUGCCAGGUGCUACUCUUGGUCCUCUAGUUUGUAGUACAAAAAUGAUUUAACUGACCUGUUAGGAGGUUAUUUUAUGUUCAGUUUGUUCACUAGUUUGAUUGAUAAAUGCUUAGACCAGUAACUAAGAAUGUUUUAAUGGGUUUUUUCCUAUUUCUUGAUAUAUAAUACAUUUUUAUUCUGGUCUCCA